CCACCGAGCGAGUCCGCGCGGUAGUUUUGCUCGCAUGUCCGACGCGACUAGAUCGUAGCUCGGUGAACAACGCAGUAUCGCUUUCAGUAAAUUAUUGAUAAGGUUUUGAGUGCGUUUGUCUGUGUGAAGCAGUGAAGUGACGGUAGGGCAUAAGGACUGCGAUAAGAUAAGCCCUACAUUAUUCCAGAACAAAACCAAACACUCCAUCGUGAUCGUUUGUGUUUGGUGAUUCGGUUCGCAUUCGGCCUUCGGAGUCACUGUAAGCUUAUCGUGCAUCUGCGUGCUUGGAGCAGCAGUUGGGUAGCAGUAAAGCUUCUAGAAAUUGCCCGACCAUGAGGAACCGUCUGAUCGAUCAGAUCCGUGAGGAUGGUUUCGCCGUGAUCGAUGACUUUCUGACACCGGACGAGGUUCAGGAACUGUUGCAAGUUGGCCAGAAUUUACACAAGGACGCACCGAAGGAGGAGCGCAAAGUGUUCAGCGCCAAGGCGGACAGCAAAUCGGCCCAGAGUCGGGAGCAGUACUUUCUCGAAAGUGCCGACAAGGUGCGCUACUUCUUCGAGGAAGGUGCGGUCGGUGAAAACGGUGAACUGCUGGUUGAUCCGGCAAUCGCACUGAACAAGGUGGGCCACGCACUGCACACCGAACAUCCGGCCUUCGAGGAGGUUACGUUCUCGAAUCGGGUGAAGGAGGUGUGCUGGCAGCUGGGCUUUCGCCGGCCGGCCGUAGCGCAGAGUAUGUACAUCUUUAAGAAUCCGGGCAUUGGCGGGGAGGUUAAAUCCCAUCAGGACGCCACGUACCUGUACACGGAACCGAGCACCACGAUCGGAUUCUGGAUACCGCUGGAGGAUGCAACGCUACAGAACGGGUGUCUACACUUCAUCAAGGGUUCACACAAAAGCGGAGUCCAUCGUCGAUGGAUUCGCAACCCGGACAAGGGAGCGGACGAGCUGCUAGUCUACGAUCGGCCGGCACCACUCUACCCGCAGUCCAACUUUGUCGCCGUGCCGGUAAAGGCUGGUUCGUGCGUCCUCAUCCACAGCCAGGCCGUACACCGCAGCGAUGCGAACAAGUCGGACCGUAGCCGGCACGCGUACACCUUCCACGUGAUCGAAACCGAAGACUGUGAAUAUUCCAAAGAGAACUGGCUGCAACCGGCCGAGGAUCACCCGUUUCCGGUGCUGUACGAACGGAAAUAAGGAAAAAUGGCCGCCACAAUACCAAACAGUGCAACAAUGCAAACGACCGAUUCCAGCUGGCGACGAUCGUUUUAGAGUUUAAGAUGUUACUGUUCCUGCUCUACUCUGAAGCUCAGGUGGAAUGAAUUGUCUCUCUUUGUGUGUCUACGGUAUAUGUAAAUCUGUGUGCUUGUGUUUGUAUAGUUACUUUUUCCUACCCUACGGCCCCCUAUACCGCUACACUCCACAACUUGGUUUCCAACACCCUUUCCUCCGUGCCAUAGAUGUUUAUUUACACUUGGGCGUGCGCGAUCGGGCUCUCCGGGAUUCCUUUGUUUUACGCGCUUUGAGGCGGCUUAUGUUAGAGCUCCUAUCCACGAUCAGCCUGAUCGCAAAACGCAGAAGAAAAAAAACUCAAAGAAAAGGUAACUGCACCGGUAUAAUGUACGUAGCAAAAAGGUGAAUAAAACAACUAUUAAAUUGCUAAUUA